AUGGCAGACUCCGGCCCUCGCACACCUCUCCGCGACGACAAUAACGACGAUGAAGCACUAGGGCGCAUUGCCUCCCCAUGCCCCUUGUUGGAGGUUCCUGUCUUUUUGUGUCGCCAUGACAACCACCGCGACGACGACCGCCUGCAUGAUGCAUCAACCCAACCUCUUUCGUCCCCAAUUUCAAACGAGCCGCGUGAGGACGAUCGAGAGAACAUCGAUACUGAGCCGAUCGACAGUCACGAUAUAACUGACGACGUGGAUGUAUCAACCGCAUCUAGUUCGAGCGACGAUGAAACACACUGCAAGAUCGAUCUACGCAAUCGCAGCGGGGUAAUAACUUGGGAGGAUGCAAGUCACCAAGAUCGGCAAACAUCAGACCUGUGCAUCGACCUAUACGUGGACACCGAAAAGCGACAAGCCGUUUUCGCCUUGCACGGCUUCUUCUUCUUCAAGAACGGUGGCUCGAAAGCGUAUCUUUCGUUGGUCAUUCAUCCAGAGAAUGUCCAGUCCGUUGACUUCUCUCGCAGCCAUCCGCCCACCAUCCCUACGGUGUCCGUCCAUUCGACAAACGAUUUUCCUAAUGAGAGCUUUGCUUCCCUGUGUGUCACCAUGACACAGCCACCCAACAUCAUGGUGCCGAAGGACCGGUGUCUUGAGCCGAAGCCUCGAUAUCAAGCUAUCUUAGAUGCCAUAGCAUCUUUGAGCUCGGUACAACGAUUCACCAUUUACCUGCCUGACCUUUCGCAAGAAAUUCAACAAGAACUGGCUUUGCUACCCUCCGUCUUCUCAUCCGCCUAUCCAUUCGGCCGGUUACGGACGGACGAGACGUGGGCGCCGCCGAUCGCAUUAUAUGAGUAUACAUUUCAGAAGGUCAUUGACUUGGUCAAGACUCCGCCUAUCUCCAACGGUGAUUCCAACCAGAAAUUGGAAGAGCUGCAAGAACUGGUCGGGGACGGAAUCGUCGCCGCCCCACCAUAUCCACAAUCAGGCUCGUCCCAACGUACGGUGCAAAGCAUCGGUCCCUCGAGUCGGAAGCGACGGGCCAGUUCUGACAUGGCUGAUAAGGACAGCCAUGCAGGCUCCAGCAUCCUGGGAUACCAAACACCAGAGACGGGGCCCCAACCACCACUCACUAUGAGUGCCAGUCUCGCAAGCCCAGUACAAUUGUCAACCCCAUGUGCCUGCAAACGCCAACGCACAACCGAACUCCUAUCUCCCGUAACCAACGCCGACAUCGUUUCCGCAUUGCGCCAACUCUCCGACCGCGUCUCACAGCUCGAAACGCGAUUUGAUCAAUUUUCCCCCCGACUCGAUUCGUUAGAAUCGCUGUUUGCUGCCCACUAUUGUCGCUACGACACAGAAGAAGCAGAUCACGUGUUCGGUACCAUCGAAGAACGCAUUGAACACGUCGAAGGCCGCAUCGACUACAACAAGUACGAGUUAGACCGCGAGCUCGAAGAGACGGUCAAGCUCGAGGCGGAGGAGCGGGUUGCGGAGGAAGUCAAACUGCAACAUGAGGAACUCCGUGAGGAGUUGGGAACGGAAUGGACUGAGGAUUUGAGGCGUGAAGUUGCUGAACAGGUUACCUCGGAGGUGGAAGAGAAGACCAAGCGCGAGGUGACGCGCGAGGUGGUGAAGGGGAUUGCGGAGGCUUUGAUGGGUGCUUAUCUGGCUAGCCAAGUGAACCAAGAUGGUAGCAGCAGCACGCCAUUCGAUGCGCUGCGUGCUACGGCCAUGCCUGGUGAGACAGCCCUCCGCGCUGCGGUGGAGGAUAUCCAGAACAAGUACAAGGAUGAGUUGGGGAAGGAGAUGACUGAGGUGCUGAAUCUCUUGGAGGAAAAUCCGCUGAAAGCUGUGACGUAUAAUGCGUGCGGGGAGGAGACGAGAAGGGAGUAUGUGAUGAAGUGGAAGGCGGCAGUUUUAGACCGGGGUGUGUUCAGACCGAUAUGGCGUUGA